AUGCUGCUCCUGCAUGCCAUGCCAGCUCCUGUCCUCAAAGGCCAGGGGCUGUUGCUGCCCCUGCUGGUGUUGCUGGCACCACAGGCUUCUCCAGGUCUGGUCAUCACUCCUCCGGGGCCGGAGCUCGUCCUCAAUGUCUCCAGCACCUUGGUGCUGACCUGCUCGGGCCCAGACCCGGUGGUGUGGAGACGGACGUCCAAGCAGCCUCCGCAAGAAAUGGUCAGGACCCAGGAUGGCAAUUUCUCCAGCAUCCUGACGCUGGCCAACGUCACUGGGACAGACACGGGAGAGUACUUUUGUGCCUACAAUAGCUCCCAGGAGCUGGAGGCCGGUGAGCAGAAACGGCUCUACAUCUUUGUGCCAGAUCCCACCAUGGGCUUCCUCCCGAUCCUCCCCGAGGAAUUUUUCAUCUUCCUCACGGAAGUGACCGAGACCACAAUCCCAUGCCGAGUGACGGAUCCACAGCUGGUGGUGACGCUGCACGAGAAGAAGGUGGAUGACCCACUGCCCAUCCCCUACGACCACCAACGUGGUUUCUUCGGGACCUUUGAGGACAAGACCUAUGUCUGCAGAACCACCAUUGGGGACAAGGAGGUGGAUUCUGAGCCCUACUAUGUCUACAGCCUCCAGGCGUCAUCCAUCAAUGUUUCAAUGAAUGCGGCGCAGACGGUGGUCCGCCAGGGUGAGAACAUCACCAUCACGUGCAUUGUGACCGGGAACGAGGUGGUCAACUUCGAGUGGACAUACCCCCGUGAGGAGAGUGGGCGGCUAGUGGAGCCAGUGACCGACUUCGAUAUUCCCCACAUCCGCUCCAUCCUGCACAUCCCCAGUGCCGAGCUGGGCGACUCGGGGACCUACAUCUGCAAUGUAUCCGAGAGUCUGUACGACCAUCAGGAUGAGAAAGCCAUCAAUGUCACCGUGGUUGAGAGUGGCUACGUGCGCCUGCUGAGGGAGCUGGACGCUGUACAGUUCGCGGAACUGCACCGGAGCCGGACUCUGCAGGUGGUGUUCGAGGCCUACCCGCCGCCCACUGUCAUGUGGUUCAAGGACAACCGCACCCUGGGUGACUCCAGCGCCGGCGAGUUCGCCCUGUCCACGCGCAAUGUGUCGGAGACUCGGUAUGUGACAGAACUGACACUGGUGCGGGUGAAGGUGGCCGAGGCUGGUCACUACACCAUGCUGGCCUUCCACGAGGACGCUGAGGCCCAUGUCUCCUUCCAGCUGCAAAUCAACGUGCCUGUCCGCGUGCUGGAGCUGAGUGAGAGCCAUCCUGCCAACGGGGAGCAGACAGUCCGCUGUCGCGGCCGGGGCAUGCCUCAGCCGCACCUCACCUGGUCUAUCUGCAGUGACCUCAAAAGGUGUCCGCGCGAGCUGCCACCCACGCUGCUGGGGAACAGCUCCGAGGAAGAGAGCCAGCUGGAGACCAAUGUGACAUACUGGACGGAGGAGCAGGAGUUCGAGGUGGUGAGCACGCUGCGCCUGCGCCACGUGGAUCAGCCGCUCUCCGUGCGCUGCACGCUGCGAAACCUGCUGGGCGAUGAUGCGAAGGAGGUCACCCUGGUGCCCCAGUCCCUGCCCUUCAAGGUGGUGGUGAUCUCGGCCAUCCUGGCCUUGGUGGUCCUCACGAUCAUCUCCCUCAUCAUCCUCAUCAUGCUCUGGCAGAAGAAGCCCCGCUAUGAGAUCCGGUGGAAGGUGAUUGAAUCUGUGAGCUCCGAUGGCCACGAGUACAUCUACGUGGACCCUAUGCAGCUGCCUUACGACUCCACCUGGGAGCUGCCCCGGGACCAGCUUGUGCUCGGACGUACCCUCGGCUCCGGGGCCUUUGGGCAGGUGGUGGAGGCCACGGCUCACGGCCUGAGCCAUUCUCAGGCCACUAUGAAAGUGGCCGUCAAGAUGCUGAAAUCCACAGCCCGCAGCAGUGAGAAGCAGGCCCUCAUGUCAGAGCUGAAGAUCAUGAGCCACCUCGGGCCACACCUGAACGUGGUCAAUCUGCUGGGAGCCUGCACCAAAGGAGGACCCAUCUACAUCAUCACCGAGUACUGCCGCUACGGGGACCUGGUGGACUACCUGCACCGCAACAAGCACACCUUCCUGCAGCACUGCCCCGACAAGCGCCGCCAGCCCGGCGCCGAGCUCUACAGCAACGCUCUGCCGGGCGGGCUCCCACUGCCCAGCCACACAGGGGAGAGUGACGGCGGCUACAUGGACAUGAGCAAGGAUGAAUCGGUGGACUACGUGCCCAUGCUGGACAUGAAAGGGGACAUCAAAUAUGCAGACAUCGAGUCCUCCAAUUAUAUGGCUCCUUACGAUAACUACGUCCCCUCCGCUCCCGAGAGGACCUGCCGAGCCACCCUGAUCAACGAGUCUCCAGUGCUUAGCUACACGGAUCUCGUGGGCUUCAGCUACCAGGUGGCCAACGGCAUGGAGUUCCUGGCCUCCAAGAACUGUGUCCACCGAGACCUGGCAGCCAGGAAUGUGCUCAUCUGUGAGGGCAAGCUGGUCAAAAUCUGUGACUUCGGCCUCGCUCGUGACAUCAUGCGGGACUCUAACUACAUCUCCAAAGGCAGCACCUUCCUGCCGCUGAAGUGGAUGGCCCCUGAGAGCAUCUUCAACAGCCUCUACACCACCCUGAGCGAUGUGUGGUCCUUUGGGAUCCUCCUCUGGGAGAUCUUCACCCUGGGUGGCACCCCAUACCCGGAGCUGCCCAUGAACGAGCAGUUUUACAACGCCAUCAAGCGGGGCUACCGCAUGGCCCAGCCUGCCCACGCCUCCGAUGAAAUCUACGAGAUCAUGCAGAAGUGCUGGGAAGAGAAGUUUGAGAUUCGCCCCCCCUUCUCCCAGCUGGUGCUGCUUCUGGAGAGGCUUCUGGGUGAAGGUUACAAAAAGAAGUACCAGCAGGUGGAUGAGGAGUUUCUGAGGAGCGACCAUCCCGCCGUCCUUCGGUCCCAAGCCCGCUUCCCUGGCUUCCAUGGCCUCCGGUCCCCGCUGGACACCAGCUCAGUCCUCUAUACUGCUGUGCAGCCCAACGAGGGCGACAAUGACUACAUCAUCCCCCUGCCCGACCCCAAGCCCGAGGCUGCUGAUGAGAGCCCAUUGGAGGGGUCUCCCAGCCUUGCCAGCUCUACCCUGAAUGAAGUCAACACCUCCUCAACCAUCUCCUGUGACAGCCCCCUGGAGCCCCAAGAGGAACCAGAACCAGAACCAGAACCAGAACCAGAGCCCCAGCCCGAGUCCCAGGUGCAGCCAGAGGCAGAGCCGGAGUGGCUGCCGGAUUCAAGCAGCCCCGGGCACCCGGCUGAGGCAGAGGACAGCUUCCUGUAG